AUGGACUCCGACGUCUUCCAGAAAGCUGACCCACCUCUUGUAGCCGAGGCAGACGCAGACAGACGAAUGUUUAGAGGUGAAUCAUGGAUGAAGGAGUGCUUAUGGAAACAACGACCCGGUUGGAGGCGUCAGGCAGCAGUAGGAGUGUUGUUGGGGAAACCCGGUGUAUAUAUAGGAGGUGAGGAUGUCUCUGCUGCAGCUUUCUGUCCGUUUUUCUGUCUCUUUCUCCCAGCCGGCUCCAUCAUGCUGCUCCGCGCUCUGCUGCAGACUUCACUGGUUCUCUGGCUGGCUCAGCAAACUCUGCAAGGAGGAGUUAGUCCUCAAAAUGUUGCCUUUGGGAGAGCGCUGCCAGUUCGAGGAGUUGGAGUAAAACCUGGAGUUACUGGAGCCCUGGGAGCAGUAGGAAACCGAUAUGGCACAAAAGCAAUGAAGACUGGGCUUGGACGUUAUCCUGCGGCUCAUCUUGGUGUUGGAGGAUACAGAUCUCUUGGACUGGGAGGAAGAGGAGGCCUGAAGCCCGGUGGAUAUGGAACCCCAGCAGGAUACGGCGCCAGUCUGGGAACAGGAAUGGGACUGAAUGCUGGGCUUACCAACGGACUGGGACUGGGUCUGGGCCAGGCAGGAAAACGUGUGUAUGGUGCAGGCCUCGGCCAACUUCCAGGAUAUGGAGCUUUCCCUGGCAUUGGGUACCAAGGAGUACGGCCAGGUUACAUCGGAGGAGCAGGAAACUAUCUGGGCGCUGCAGGUUACGGCGCAGGUUUAGGACAGGGCGCUUAUCUGGGAGGUGCUGCUGGAAAACUUAGUGCAGCUGCUGCGCUUGGACAGGGCGCGUAUCCACAGGGCGUUGCAGGGAAAUCAAACGGAUACGGUGAUGGAGUGACGGGAUAUCUUGGUGCCAUGGCGGGUAACGGCUUCGGUUAUGGAAACGGAUACGGUGAUGGUUACGGAGCAGGGCUUGGUUACCCUGCAGACUUAGCUGAUGGUGCUGAGAGCAAAUCGGGAAAGAUUGAAGCUCUCAGUACAGGUGGCUACGCCGGACCGGUCCAGGGUGGAUAUGGAGGACUUGGUACGGGGCUGGAAUCAGUUGGAGGUAAAUAUGGAGGAGCUGCUCAGGUUCCUUAUGGUAACGCUCCAGUGAUCCCUGCUGGACUGGAAGGCGACGGCGGAUACCCGUAUGCAGCUCAGCAGCUCGGCCUUGCAGCUGAAAGCGCCAAAACCGCCAGCAAAUACGGUGCUGCUGCAGGAUUUGGGACCCAACAAACAGGUUUCGGCGCAGCGCUCGGCGCCUCUCAGGAUGCUCUGAUGGAGCAGACUGGUAAAUAUGAUGGACUGAAUGCUGGCCUUGGUAACGGUUACAAAGGUUAAGAAAAUGCGGACCUCUGUAGGUGGAUCAUCUCUAUAAUAUUUCCAAUGUAAUGCAUUAAUGCAGAGUUUUAUUCCUUCUCUUUGACUUUUGUUGUAUGUUUCUCCAUUUAUUUGUCUUGACCUUGCAAAGCCUGCUGUACCUUGUGUUCUGUUUUAUUUAGUCAAAGUUUGUCAGGUGAUGAACAUAAAUAGAUGCAAAGGCCAAGAAAUGUGUUUAUGUUUUGUAAAUCAAGAUUAGCCUGAUGAUCUUAUUGUUUCAGUCGAAUAAGUCAUCAUGUAAUGUGAUGUGGAAUAAAAAAGAAACUUUCUGAGUCAAUA